UGCAACCUGCUCCCUUCGGGGAGGGAUCCUCCCCGCUCCAGCGUCUUCUCGCCGGGCUCCGCCAGGCUGGCGGGCAGCAGAGCCAGGAGGAGCGGAGACCCAUCGCUGCCCGUUAACAGUCCCGGCAGGAGGGGCAUCGUAAUUACUCACCGCGCUGAUUGCCGGUCAUUAAAGUUCAGGAAACGGUCCGAAGAGGAGAUCCCAGUCGAGGAGGAGGAGGCAGGUGGUGUCUGGGGCUCCCGGCCGGCCAGGGUUAAGCGCCUGCCUGCUCCCUGCCGCCCGGCUUGCGGCCAGCGCGUCUUCCGUGGGAGGCCAGCCACUGCCAGGGACCCGGGAGCGACACCGCCAGCCCGGCCGGACCCCCUCCCCCAUCACGGCCUCUAGGAGUGCUCAGCAAGUGGGGGUUCCCAGGUACCAAGCCGCUUGCCCAGCCGGCGCCUGGGGGCACAGAGAGCGAGAGGGGCUGCAGGGACACCGAGAUGGCCGAUGAGAUUGACUGGCUGGACCUGCCCGGCCGGUGGGCCUACGGAGUUGAUCGCGGUGGGAGAAUCUUCUUCAUCAAUGAUGAGGAAAAGUCAACCAGCUGGGUGCACCCUGGAACAAAGUCACCCAUCCAGAGUGGACAUCCCUCCUGCCCAGGUUUGCCCAAGGGCUGGGAAGUGGAUUCCACCCGUGAAGGAGCUGUGUAUUUCAUCAACCACAAUGAAAGACGGAACACAUUUCUACACCCAGUGACUGGCCAGGUCCCAGAGGAAAACACAAAAUUUGACUUGAAAAUAUCGGCCUUGGACAUGUCCAAUAAAACAGGUGGGAAACGCCCGGCUACCACCAAGAGUGACACACCCAACCACAACAUGGUGUCCGAGGUCCCUCCAGAGCGGCCCAGCGUCCGGGCAACUCGCACAACCCGCAAAGCUGUCGCCUUUGGCAAGCGCUCACACUCCAUGAAGCGGAACCCCAACGCGCCAGUCACCAAGGCGGGCUGGCUCUUCAAACAGGCCAGCUCCGGAGUUAAGCAGUGGAACAAGCGCUGGUUCGUCCUGGUGGAUCGCUGCCUCUUCUACUAUAAAGAUGAGAAGGAAGAGAGCAUCCUGGGCAGCAUCCCCCUCCUGAGCUUCCGGGUAGCUGCAGUGCAGCCCUCCGACAACAUCAGCCGGAAACACACGUUUAAGGCCGAGCAUGCCGGCGUCCGCACCUACUUCUUCAGUGCCGAAAGCCCUGAGGAGCAAGAGGCCUGGAUCCAGGCCAUGGGGGAGGCUGCUCGAGUACAGAUCCCUCCAGCCCAGAAGUCUGUGCCCCAAGCUGUGCGGCACAGCCAUGAGAAGCCAGACUCGGAGAACAUCCCGCCCAGCAAGCACCACCACCAGCCGCCCCACCACAGCCUCCCCAAGCCUGAACCAGAGGCCAAGACUCGAGGGGAGGGUGAUGGCCGAGGCUGCGAGAAGGCAGAGAGAAGGCCUGAGAGGCCCGAAGUCAAGAAAGAGCCUCUGGUGAAAGCCAACGGCCUCCCCACUGGACCGGAGCCAGCCUCAGAGCCGGGCAGCCCAUACCCCGAAGGCCCAAGGGUACCACGGGGUGGGGAACAGCCUGCCCAGCCCAAUGGCUGGCAGUACCACUCCCCAAGCCGGCCAGGGAGCACAGCUUUCCCGCCUCAGGACGGAGAGACUGGGGGACACCGGCGGAGCUUCCCGCCACGCACCAACCCUGACAAAAUUGCCCAGCGCAAGAGCUCCAUGAACCAGCUUCAGCAGUGGGUGAACCUGCGCCGGGGGGUACCCCCGCCCGAAGACCUUCGGAGUCCCUCUAGGUUCUACCCUGUGUCCCGCAGGGUCCCUGAGUACUAUGGCCCCUACGCCUCCCAAUACCCCGAUGAUUACCAGUACUACCCGCCAGGGGUGCGUCCAGACAGCAUCUGCUCCAUGCCGGCCUACGAUCGGAUCAGCCCACCCUGGGCCAUGGAGGACAAGCGCCAUGCCUUCCGCAACGGGGGUGGCCCUGCCUACCAGCUGCGCGAGUGGAAGGAGCCCGCUGGCUACGGGCGGCAGGAUGGCACUGUCUGGAUCCCCAGCCCCUCCCGGCAGCCAGUCUAUUAUGAUGAGCUGGAUGCCGCCUCUAGCUCCCUGCGACGCCUGUCCCUGCAGCCCCGCUCCCACUCUGUGCCCCGCUCACCCAGCCAGGGCUCCUACAGCCGUGCCCGCAUUUACUCCCCCGUCCGCUCACCCAGUGCCCGCUUUGAGCGGCUGCCACCUCGCAGCGAAGACAUCUAUGCUGACCCUGCUGCCUAUGUGAUGAGGCGAUCCAUCAGCUCCCCCAAGGUCCCUCCGUAUCCAGAAGUGUUCCGGGACAGCCUCCACACCUACAAGUUAAACGAGCAAGACACAGAUAAGCUGCUGGGAAAACUGUGUGAGCAGAACAAGGUGGUGAGGGAGCAGGACCGGCUGGUGCAGCAGCUCCGAGCUGAGAAGGAGAGCCUGGAAAGUGCCUUGAUGGGGACCCACCAGGAGCUGGAGAUGUUUGGGAGCCAGCCCGCCUACCCAGAGAAGCUGAUGCACAAAAAGGAGUCGCUGCAGAACCAGCUCAUCAACAUCCGCGUGGAGCUGUCUCAGGCGACCACGGCCCUGACGAACAGCACCGUAGAGUAUGAGCACCUGGAGUCUGAGGUCUCUGCUCUGCACGAUGACCUCUGGGAACAGCUCAAUUUGGACACCCAGAACGAGGUGCUGAACCGGCAAAUCCAAAAGGAGAUCUGGAGGAUCCAGGACGUGAUGGAGGGGCUGAGGAAGAACAACCCCUCCCGGGGCACAGACACGGCCAAGCACAGAGGAGGACUUGGCCCCUCGGCCACCUUCAGCUCCAACAGCCCGGCCAGCCCCCUCAGCUCCGCCAGCCUCACCAGCCCCCUCAGCCCCUUUUCACUGGUGUCGGGCUCUCAGGGGUCCCCCACCAAGCCUGGUUCCAACGAGCCCAAGGCCAACUAUGAACAAAGCAAGAAAGACCCCCACCAGACAUCACCCCUGGACACCUCCAGAGACAUCAGCCUUGUGCCCACCAGGCAAGAGGUAGAGGCAGAGAAGCAGGCAGCUCUCAACAAAGUUGGCAUUGUGCCCCCUCGGACAAAAUCACCCACAGAUGACGAGGUGACCCCAUCAGCGGUGGUGAGGAGGAAUGCCCAUGGGCUCACCAAUGGACUGUCCUCCCAGGAACGCCCCAAGAGUGCUGUGUUCCCUGGCGAAGGGAAGGUCAAGAUGAGCGUGGAGGAGCAGAUUGACCGAAUGCGGCGGCACCAGAGCGGCUCCAUGAAGGAGAAGCGGAGGAGCCUGCAGCUCCCGGCCAGCCCGGCCCCCGAGCCCAGUCCCCGGCCAGCCUACAAAGUGGUGCGCCGCCACCGCAGCAUCCACGAGGUGGACAUCUCCAACCUGGAGGCAGCCCUGCGGGCAGAGGAGCCUGGCGGGCGGACCUACGAGACACCCCGGGAGGAAAUCGCCCGGCUUCGCAAAAUGGAACUAGAGCCCCAGCACUAUGAUGUGGACAUAAAUAAGGAGCUCUCCACUCCAGACAAAGUCCUCAUCCCCGAGCGGUACAUUGACCUGGAGCCUGACACUCCCCUGAGCCCUGAGGAGUUGAAGGAGAAGCAGAAGAAGGUGGAGAGGAUCAAGACGCUCAUUGCCAAAUCCAGUAUGCAGAACGUGGUGCCCAUCGGCGAGGGGGACUCUGUGGACCUGCCCCAGGACUCAGAGAGCCAGCUGCAGGAGCAGGAGAAGCGGAUUGAAAUCUCCUGCGCCCUGGCGACCGAGGCCUCCCGCAGGGGCCGCAUGCUGUCUGUGCAAUGUGCCACCCCAAGCCCUCCCACCUCCCCUGCUUCCCCGACUCCUCCAGCCAACCCCCUGUCGUCUGAAUCCCCACGGGGCGCCGACAGCAGCCAUACCAUGCGGGUCUGAGCUCUGACUGCAAGCCCUGGCUGAGGCCAAUGCUGUGAAGCUCCACAGAGCCACGUUCUGAAGCCGUCCUCUGCCCACCUGAGGUCCUGGCUCCCCACCCUGGCCCCCUGCCCCUGCACUCUCAUGGGAAUGCCGCAGGGAGCCAGGCUGGGGCCAUGGGCUGCUGCCGAGAGGAACGUGGAUACCUGGGUGUCCACACACCCACCACGCCUAGCCCUGGAGCCCUCACAGUGGUCCUGCGCCAGGGCCUGAGAUGGCAGUGGAGAGUGCCAUCCUUGCUGAUGCCCAAGUCACAGGGAGCCUCAGCCUGGCCCUGUCUGGGGUUGUGGUGACUCCGGUGGAACAUUCCCUGAUGGGGGACAUGCCGCGGUGGAGAACGUGCCUGUGGCUACCUUAGGUCAGGACUAGAGGUGAAGAGGAGAUGGACGCCGCCUCCUGGAGCCAGCCUGGCACCGAGGACAGCACCUGUCAUCACCCCUAUCCUCAUCAGCCCCACCCUGCUGCCCCAGCUGGACCCAGGGCUUCGACACAAACCCAGUGCUUUGCUUAUGGGUGCUCGCUGAGGUCCACUGAAGACUGACCACCCUGCUUGAGCCAAAGACAAGGUGAUGAGAGAUGGGGAGAGGCUACUGGCUCCCAGAGGAAACAGUGCUGGCUGUGGCUAGAGAAGAGCAGGUCUGUGCAGCGUCUGAGGGCAGGUUGGGAAGGGUAGCAGAGAGAGAAAGGCAGAAGGAGAGAGAAAGAGAGAGGGAGAUCCUCAGAGUGGGAGGAGGGGGAAGCAGCAGGACACGUUGGCAAGUAAAGUGGGAAGGAGGGAGAUUGGAAAGCGGGUAUCCGAUUGGUUUCCCCAGGUGGAGCCUUAGGCUAGAGCCCCGUGCAGGGCCAGACCGUCACCUCUGCUCCUCCCACCUCGUUCCCAGGAGGACCCACCAGUGGAGCACGUGGCAGCCUCAGUGGAGAUGCUUGGUGUGGGGAUCAGGGUGAAGGGGUUUGAAUAGCGACUGCCUGGGAGAUGGCUGGGGUAAGGGGCAAAGAGAAGGACUUGUCUUAUGCAGGGUGUGCUCAGCUUUGGGGACUUCCCUGUCCAGUUCCGUGAUAUUUCUUGCCCUGUUCCCCUGGAAUGUGCAGUGGGCCAGCUGAGAGUAUGCCUUGAGGAGGGGAGGUGAGGCCGCAAUCUGGGAGGCCGGAUUCCAGGACCCUCCCCCAUCCCAGGCAUCCCACACGAGGACGGGCUGAGCCUAGAUGCUCUCACAAUCCACCAGCCGGUGGGGGAGAGACAAUAAAGCAAAGUGAAUUCUUCCUCGGCCCCACCCACCUGGAGAUUAAUGUAGCCAGAGAGGAGGAACUAGCGGAGCUGAAGACACCAUGGCCCCUCGGCCUUCUCUCUGAUAGACUCGCCACCCAGAGGCUUCAGCCCGACCUCCAGCGGUCCCAAGAACACCUACUAAUUCCUCUCCACUCCUUCAUGGCUGGGACAGUUACUGGUUCAUAUGCAAGUAAAGAUGACAAUUUACUCAAAUAUUUAUCGAGCACCUUUUACGUACCAGGCACUGUUCUAGGUGCUUAGGAUAUUCUCAUGUUCUUGAGGGAUUACAGCCCGGGAGGCUUCCAGCGGUCUUCACUUCUAGCAGGUUUUGUAAACGUGACCCUUGGCUCUAUUUCCCAUCCUCACAGUUCAAGCACCCAAACCUGCCCUUUCUACCCUGCAGACUGGCAGGUGGGAUUGGCUCCCAGGUCAUCUCCUCUCCGUCUUUCUCCCACGCCUUUCUCCCUCCACAGGAAACAGGUUUUUCAGGGCCUUCCAUGCCUGCCGCUUCGUCCGUCUCUUUUUUUUUUUUUUAAGUAAUAUUUUUUAGAAAUACAUGUGAAAUACCAAGAAAUAAUGUCUACACCUCUGCCACCUCUCUCUCACCUCUUAUUCAUAAAGCUGGCUCUUUAUGUUGCUUUACAUGCCUUAAUAUAUGUUUUAUGGAGAUUAUACAUAUUAUAGAUCUAUAUAUGUAAUCUAUUUGUUUGGAUGUCUGAUCUUUUCCUCCAGUUCCCGCCCAGGCCCGUUUUUCUCUCCCGUAUUUUCCACGUGGUUCCUCGCAUAUCAAGGCCAUACCCCUUGCCUUUUUGAUCCAAAGAAGGGGAGAGGAAAGACUUAUUUUAAGACAGAUCUAUUUUACGCUUUUGUUUAAAAAAAGCAAAUCUAUUUUCAAAAUGUGCAAUGUCUGAAUGGAAUGGGCACACAAGAUGAGGAGAUGGGGUAACUGUCUUAAGGUCCCAACGCUGUGCCCUUCCCUCUGCCACAGUGGCUUCCUCCCACCCUGUUCCCCAGUCAGGAAAGGGCUGGUCCCCAGAGCUCACCUAGAGAGCAUCUUGCCAAGGCAGGGCAUUCCCUUGAAGUUCUGGUCUAAGGAUUUGAUUACACUGUCUGCUCCUCAUGACCCUCUGCGGUUGUCAGGCGUGAAUCCUUUGGAAGAAACUGUUUGCACAAAGAGACCCAUGCAGCCAUGCACCCCAGAUGAGCUGCUAGACUACCCCUCUUCAUCAGCCUGCUGGAAAGGGCAGACAGUAGAAUGGCAGCCUAUGCCAAAUGCUAAGGAUGUCAGUCUACGAGGUGGUGCGAAGCCCAGAGGAGGUGGCUUGGGAUCCUCUGGGCCAUCCCUGGUCCUUCAGCACAGACACGUACGAGUUCCUUGGGCCUAUCACACCCCUCUUCACUUGAUCCCUCUCUGUCUGGUCACAUCUCUGACAUCUCCCCUCUGCACCCUUUCUUUCUGGGGGUGUGCCAAAGGGAUGAUACUUCAGUCUGGCAUCCAGACUGCAAAAUCAGCUUCUGGGCUGAGGAGGGUCCUACAGACACGGUGACAGCCUCACCCAAGAAACCCCCAGGACUUUAUCCCAGCAGACUGCCACUGGGGCACCGAACUAAGCCUGCUCAGCCUUUGUCAACCGUCAAAGCGGGCAAAGGGUCUCUGCUCUUGCAAGGAUUUGGGCAGGAUAGAAGUCUUUGCCUAGAUCUGAAAUCAAGGGAUUGGGAAUCUGGAGCAGAGCUCCUGGCCAGCGUUUGAAGCCUGGCCUCCCACCUGAGGCAUUUACUGACACCCUGUCGCCAGCCUGGAACAUCCUGCUCUGAAUGAACAGAGCCCAGAUGGGGCCCAGGGCUAAGUGACCCACCUGGGGAAGCUCUGAUUAUUCAUCCAGGGCCUUCUCAAUUAGCACCUUACCUCCAUGAUCAGUAACCAAGAGGCUGUAAUCAAAUACUGCUACUGUCACUUUGAAGAUUUUCUGAGGUCACAAGCGACAUACUUGCUCUCCUGCCUUUUGGAGAGGCAUGUUCUUGGGCAGGGCUGGCUAUAGCAAGAGGGAACCAAUUCCUUUCCCCUUUAGGCACCCUCCACCUGGCAGCUCUUAAAACGAAGGAAAAAUAGUAUAUAUACACACACACACACACAUAUAUAUAUAUAUAUAUACACACACAUAUAUCUAUUUAUGCACAUAUUGGGGCCAGUUUUAUUUGCUAGUAUUAGACAAUAAACCAUACAAGGACAUUUAUGAUCUCAGUGUCUUUAAUUAGGAUAAAAGUGACCUUAGAAGAAGGGUGAAGGUUAGAUAGAUGGAAUCUCUGUCGGGGGCAAACGGCUGUAGCAUCCCCUUAGCAUCUUUCUAGCCAAUGACCCACCUCCCCGGGAGGAGAGGGUGUCCUGACUGACACAGGUGAGAGUUUGCUUCCUCCUUUCAGCAGCAUUCUUUUUAGUUUUAGGUACUAAGGAAUCCCAGUGAGUUCUGCAUUUGUAUCUUGCAAGUUUGUAUAAACUCAAUACAGGAAAUAAAACGAAUGGUUUGUA